CGCACAGCAGCGGGUGCAGCCGCCGCCGCCUCAGCCGCAGCAGCGCCCGGAGCCGCCGCCCGCCCUCCUUCCUCCUCCUCCCGUUACGCCCUUCCUCAUCCUUCCUCCUCCUCCUCCUCCUCCCGGAGCCCGCAGCCUCCUCGCCCGACCCCGGCCCCGUCACCAUGGUGGACCGCGAGCAGCUGGUGCAGAAGGCCCGGCUGGCCGAGCAAGCCGAGCGGUACGACGACAUGGCGGCCGCCAUGAAGAACGUGACGGAGCUGAACGAGCCUCUGUCCAACGAAGAGAGGAACCUGCUGUCCGUGGCCUACAAGAACGUGGUGGGCGCCCGGCGCUCCUCCUGGCGCGUCAUCAGCAGCAUCGAGCAGAAGACCUCUGCUGAUGGCAACGAGAAGAAGAUCGAAAUGGUCCGUGCCUACCGCGAGAAGAUCGAGAAGGAGUUGGAAGCCGUGUGCCAGGAUGUGCUGAGCCUGCUGGACAACUACCUGAUCAAGAACUGCAGCGAGACGCAGUACGAGAGCAAAGUCUUCUACCUGAAGAUGAAAGGGGACUAUUACCGCUACCUGGCCGAGGUGGCCACCGGUGAGAAGAGGGCGACCGUGGUGGAGUCCUCGGAGAAAGCCUAUAGCGAAGCCCAUGAGAUCAGCAAGGAGCACAUGCAGCCCACCCACCCCAUCCGGCUGGGGCUGGCGCUCAACUACUCCGUUUUCUACUACGAGAUCCAGAACGCUCCGGAGCAGGCCUGCCACCUGGCCAAGACGGCCUUCGACGACGCCAUCGCCGAGCUCGACACCCUCAACGAGGACUCCUACAAGGACUCAACGCUCAUCAUGCAGCUCCUCCGUGACAACCUAACGCUCUGGACGAGCGAUCAGCAAGAUGAUGAUGGUGGUGAAGGCAACAACUAGACCCCCCCCCGAUGGACUGGCAGCCGCACGCUGAUGCUAACUACUGCAGUCUUUAUUUUUUUCCCACGCGUGGGGGGGGGUGUCGGGGGUUGGGGGGGGGACAAGGGAGGGGACCCCUUCCCAGGGAGGCCCCCCACUCCCUGUCUUUGAUUGCCUCGUUGACAUUAUUGCCAAAACACCACUAGUGGAAGUCAGGCUGGCUGUGCUGGUAAUGGAAUAGCAGCCUCACUGGCAUAUGGACUGUUCUGUAGAUUAUUAAUACAAGUGGAGCUGUCUUUAAUUUAACUUUAUUGCUAGAAAUCAAACACACACACACACAAAAACACAUUAAAAAAGAAAAAAAAGGGGGUUUUAAGGUGAAUUCGUGUGGAUGGAAUGGCCCUCGUUUCCUAAAGGAACACAAGGAGAGCAAACAAACAAACAAAAACAGAGAGUUGUGUGGUUCCAGUCAGGAAUUGUGUGGUUCCAGUCAGGAAUUGUGUGGUUCCAGUCAGGAAUUGUGUGGUUCCGGUCAGGAAUUGUGUGGUUCCAGUCAGGCUUUGUGCGUUUGUUUCCGCAGUCCAAGUGCCGUGUGUCCGUCCCCCAUCGUGGGGCAUCUCUCUGCGGUGCUCUGCCUGGCAGGGCACAGCCUCAAAUCCCCACAUCCAGAAGGAGUUAAGAACUAAGGAAUUCCAGGCUCGCAGAGCUCGGGGGGGGUUUAGGCCAUCCCAUCUUUCUGGGUGAUUCUUUUUGGUCCGAGGUAUUCCGUAGGGUAGCUGGCAGUAUUAACACUAAAUUGCAGUUUACAGUAUCUCUACAUUACAGCCAUAUGACAUCAAGCCUUUUGAUUGUCUUGUGUUCUCUUCUUUCUUCUUUGCUAGUUCUUUUGGCUUGCCUUUCCUGAUCAGUCCUCGCCUGUGGACUGGCUUUAGCUAUUCUGUGUGGCCCAAGGCAAGAAGACCGCCUGCCUGAGGAACAUCAAAGCUGCUCUAGUUUUAUGGUCAACAGCUUAUACCAGGUGCUUGGCUAGCGGCUGUUUCAACUCUUUCCAAGUCCACAGCAAAAAGGUGUAAGAACUUCAAUUAGACAAGGGGGAAGUGUUCAAACUUAACAAAAAAAUGCCACUUAAAUAAUAAUAAUAAAAUAAUAAUAAUAAUAAUAAAAAAAUAAUAAAAAAGAGCAUUCAGGUCUGUAUGUCAUGUACUGUGUUUGGUAUUUCAAAAGACCAUCCUGAUUUUUGAGGUGCCACAGCUGCUUCCUCAGGGAUUGCACUGCCAUUUCACUUCUGCCUGACUUUCUCCCACUGUACCAUGAGGUUUGUCAGCAGAUCCCUGGCACCCAGGCUCCCUUGUUUGUCACCAGGGAAGCCGGGUGUGUUUUUCCUUUCUCCUGGGGAAGCUUGUGGUGUAAUGAGUGAACUUCAGGAGCUUAGAAACUAACGUGGUAGAGAAAUCCCUAACGGGAAGAGCUACAAUCAUAGACAUUUCUAUCGCCCAUCAGGAGCCCAGGAACUUAGUUCUCUUCUUAGCAAAGUCUUUUCCCAAGAGCUGAUCUGGCCGGGGUGGGAAACGGGACAUCCGUGUUGCUUAGCAGGGAAUAGCUCACCCUGUUUGGAGUAAACUUCCUUCUGGCUUCAGUUCCCCAUCGCUGUUGGAAGCUUGCUGCCACCAUCCAGCUCAUCCAAGGGAAGCCCCAUGCUCCUGCAGGUCUGAUCCCACUUCAGAAGCAGGCUUUGUUCCUGUCCCUUGUGAGAGCAGGGUGCUGUGUGCUGCAUGCAUGGCUUGCACAUGGGGGUGCUGCUCCGGCUCCCCCCGUCACACAAAGCCACUAUCCCGACUCCUUGUGGAGCGAGCAGAGCCCUGUACUCCAGGGAAUGCCAUGGAGAUGCUGGUAAAGCUGGUUUGGACUGGGAUGCCUCCACAGACAGGGUUUGUGCCCAGCAGCACAUCCCAUGGUGGGAUGCUCGCAGUGCCAUGGGCUGGAAGAUGGCUUUAAGCUUCUUACCUUCCUUUGCUCACCCCAUGAGCAGCAUCAUCCCGGCUCUAUCAUUGGAAGUGAUUUAGGAAUUACAAAACCCAUCUCUUUCUUUGCUUGGGUUUUUUGGCCUUUUGGUUUGGUUUUCCCUUUCAUUUCCCUUCUGUUUUGGCUUCUGCUCUGGCUGCUUUAGGAAACUUCCGCAGGAGAGAUGGCACAAGAGGGCUCAAAAGGGAGUCUGGGGGUCAGGGGCUUGAGUUUUGAAGCAGCUUGAAUGGUUUCUUUGGUUUUCUAAGAGAUGCACUUGCCUAUGAUACUGUCUCUCCAGUGAACUGAUUACUGCUCCAUUACUCUAUUGAUACAAUAUUGUGCAUGCUAGUGUCGUAUUUCUAUACAGUAGCUUGAAAUUUAUUAACUUAUACUGUAGAUGUUCUGUAUUCCUAUGACAAAAUAGUCUUCAAAACCCCAGUUUUUAACUUUUUUUUCCCUUUUUUUCUGGUUUUUAAUUUAUUUUCUGUUCUUUUUUCUCUCUUUCCCCUUCCUUUUCCUUUCUGGGGGGUACAGUUUGCUCUCUCCCGAUCGUGAUCGUAACAAACUGAUCUGUUCUGGGUGUUGCUCUAGUGACAUGCGAUUCUAUAGGAUUUUCUUUUUUGUUCUGAAAACAGGAAAACAGCGACAAAAAAACCAACAAAAAACACAAAAAAAGACAAAAAAGACAAAAAAAAGGAAAAAAAAGAAGACACCAGUGUUAGCUUAACCUUAAUGUCUGGUGUUCGUCAUGGUGAAACUAUAACUAUCGCAGUGUAGGAGAACAAUGACUGUGUUCUUUGAAUGAGCCUUUGUUUGUGCUUUUCGUCAUGUUAUGCAGUGAAACUCUUUUUAAGGUCGAAAUCAGUGAUUCUUCAUUUUCCCUC